GCCGCCCCCGCCUCGCCGCCGCCGAGGGGCAGGGCCCCCUCACCCCCUCCCCUUCCCACGCGCCGACCCCGUCUCCCCCGCGCGCGCGCGCGCGCGCACUUUCGCGAGCCCCGGCGACAUGCAAAUGAGCUGGCUCCAGUGCCCAGACCCAAGCCCCCCACUGCUCAAUGGACACCCCCAGCCCAGACCCGUUGCCUUCGCCUUUGCCCGGGGAGGAAGAGAAACCUCUGGCCUUACCUCCUCCUGUUCCCCGGGGCCGCCGAGGCCGUCGUCCUGGGGGAGCCACCUCCUCAAAUCGGACACUCAAGGCCUCCCUCCCUCGCAAGCGGGGCCGCCCCCCCAAGUCAGGGCAGGAGCCCCCACUGGUGCAGGUGCAGGGGGUGACAGCCCCAGUAGGCAGCAGUGGCGGGAGCGACCUCCUCCUGAUAGAUGAUCAGGGUGUGCCCUAUACGGUCUCUGAAGGGUCAGCGGCUGGGCCUGAGGGCUCCGGCCCCAGGAAGGCCCCACACUUCUGCCCGGUGUGCCUGCGGGCCUUCCCCUACCUCUCCGACCUGGAGCGCCACAGCAUCUCGCACUCAGAGCUGAAGCCGCAUCAGUGCAAGGUUUGCGGCAAGACCUUCAAGCGCUCCAGCCACCUGCGGCGGCACUGCAACAUCCAUGCCGGCCUGCGGCCCUUCCGCUGCCCGCUGUGCCCCCGCCGCUUCCGAGAGGCGGGCGAGCUGGCGCACCACCACCGUGUGCACUCGGGGGAGCGCCCGUACCAGUGUCCCAUCUGCCGGCUGCGCUUUACAGAGGCCAACACGCUCCGGCGCCAUGCCAAGCGCAAGCACCCGGAGGCCAUGGGGGUACCCCUGUGUGCACCAGAUCCAGGGUCUGAACCGCCGUGGGACGAGGAGGGCAUCCCGGCCACAGCAGAGGCCGAGGAGGAGGAGGAGACAGAGGGGAAGGGGGAGCCAGCCUGACCCACACCCCUGGCCAUCGCUCCCUGGGCCAGGUUUAGAGCAGGGAGUUUGGCUGGUGCUGGGCCUGGGCCAGGGGGCCGAGACACCCUUGUUUCUGGUGGUCUUCCCGUUGUGGGAGCAGGUGCAGGGUGGAGACCUAAACUUCUGGGUCCAGCUGCCUUCAGACCCCCUCCCCCAGACUAACAGACCCUUGGAGGCAGGGGCUGUGGAAAUAAAUCUCUGCCUGCUGGC